AUGCCUGGCUUACUGAUCAGCUGGGGGACUUGGUGCGAUGUUGGUGGUGCAGCAGAUAAGAUUAAUUUAAUACCUCAAGACUUUUUUGCAGAACUGUGUGAACAAAUAAUUCAACAUCUGAACCAUAAGAUCUCAGGUGUAAAUACAGCUGAAUUGUGUCAGAGAAUUCAAACAUCUGGGAUUGAGAUUAAUGUUGGUGACCUGGCAAAAAUAGUUAAUGUGGUUUCCUUUCUAUUUAGCACAGCAGCCAGAAACAAUCUCUCUACAGAAGAACUCGUCACCACCUUGGGCAAUGCAGUCAGCACGCUGCCAAAACAUGCAGUUCAAGUUAUUCGACAUGUGUGGAAUGAGCAGGGCAAAUCCAUUAGUGUAUCAGAAGACGCAAGAAACACGGCGACAGUGGGGCAGUUUGUAGAUAUUAAAUGGAAACUGGGAGUUGCGAUGAGCUCUGACACCUGCAGGUCUCUGAAGUAUCCUUAUGUUACAGUGACCCUAAAAGUGGCAGACCCUUCAGGACAAAUAACAGACAAAACUUUUGAAAUGACGAUCCCACAGUUCAAGAACUUCUUCAGACAGUUCAAGGAAAUGGCAGCUGUCCUUGAAACAGUUUGA